AUGGGUGUCGAAGAUCAGCAAGAAGAGAGGGAAGUCCUCGAGUCGAUCUUCCCAGACGAAAUCACGGAUGUUUCCGAGACAGAAUUCCGAGUCGCGAUAGUCCUCGAGGUCACACCAGGCGAGGAAGAUGCAAAGGACCUCGAAGGACCAACAAUAAUCCUCAAUGUGCAAUACCCGCCCGCCUACCCCGACGAAGCGCCCCGCCUCGACAUAACACAGCCCCCGAAUGCGCCGAAGCACCCGUAUCUGGACAUUCAAGAUGAUAAACAGCGGUUGUUGGACUCGCUGUCAGACACGAUUGAAGAAAGCUUGGGCAUGGCCAUGGUAUUCACGCUGGUGACGGUGCUCAAGGACUCGGCGGAGCUGCUGAUCAGCGAGCGCCAGAACGCAAAGCAGGCGCUCGCAGACAUGGAGGCUGCGAAGGCAGAGGAAGAAGAGAACCGCAAGUUCCAGGGCCAGGUGGUGACGCGCGAGUCCUUCCUCAAGUGGAGCGCGGAGUUCAAGGCUGAGAUGGACGAGAAGAAGCGCGUGGCGGAGGAGGAGAAGGAGGCCGAGGAUAAGAAGAAGCGCGUGGCCAAGGAGGAGAAGAAACUCACAGGGAAAGAGCUGUGGCAGCAGGGUCUUGUGGGCAAGGGUGACGACGAGGAUGAGGGUGAUGAUCUACAGGCCUUGAAGGACCUGAACGUCUCUGCGACGUGAGGUAGUCGCAGGCGUAUAUACCCCUUUGCCAAACA